AUGUCUUCGGGACCAAAUGUGGCCGACGAAGUGUCCCGCGACGAGAUUUUAUGCGACAACUUGGUCGCUGCGUCGUUUGAGAAAGCCGUCAAAAAUACCGUGCAGAACAAUGAUGAGCCCCAGUGGCAAAAGGUGCUAUUUUUUCCGACGCAGGUUGUAUCUGUACCAGAAAAUCCCAACUGCGCUCGCAAAGCCUCACUUGCCACAACUAUCAAGCAAGCGGUAGCGGAUUACGAAAGUGCGCCUGCCUGCCUGGAUGAGUUUGACGACUUGGUACGGGUCGCCUUGGAGACGAUCACAAACACUCGUUUGCAUGGACCCGUACUCCUGCAAGCGUCUUUCCAUGUGGCAAGAGGAGGUCUCGGUUUCGGUGUCCGUCGGACGAAAGCGCUGGCUACUUCGGCCUUUUUGGCCUACGUGUUUUCCACCCGUACGCUGACGGCUGGGAUUUUUGAAAGCUGCAGUGAUGAGGCCAUUGAGGCGGCGGUCGAUUUGUGGAAGCGUCAGGCUGACUGUACCGAUACACCACCAGAACCCGCUCGUGUGCACCACUGCGUUUGGGACCACGCAGUUUUGGAAAACGACACGAAGAAGAUGUGGGCAGCGACAGGUACGGAUGACCGAAAUAAAGCGCGGCUAAACGCCAUUAGCAGCAAAUAUGCCGGCGCGUGGCUAAAUGCUCUGCCUUCAAAUGUCUUUGGAAAUUGGCUGGAUGAUCAACCAUUCCGCAUAAGCAUCGGCUUAUGGCUGGGUGCCAAAGUAGUCGAGCAGCACCGAUGUAACAAUUGCGCGGCGUAACGAGCGUAAGUAGCUGUGCUGAGCCAUCACUCCAUCAGCGUUUACUCUCUC